AUAUAUAUAUAUAUUUUUUAUAUAGUGCGCCUCAUGAAAAGAAGCCCGCGCCUUUUUGUGCGCCUUGCGCCUAGGCCCCAGAGGACCAUUGCGCCUUAGUGCGCCUUGAGCCUUUAAAAACACUGGGCGCGGGCUUUAUUAUGUGGGUUGGGCCGUAAUUAAAAAAAACAAAAAAAUUUAAACCUAUUUAACUUUUACUUAAUAUAUUUACCUAUUACGUGUAACUUGGCUUUGAAGAAACGAAACGACGGCUCGACUUGAAGACCCUCUCUGCGGCUGACAAUGAGACGCUCGACUGCUAUUUCUUUUUGUAGAAUUUCUGCCCCUUUCUGCGGAAAUUCUGUCACUGGCGGCGGCGCCGGCAAGGGCCACCAGCACCGAAUCGACCACCUUCUUCUUCUUCUUUUUCCAUCCAAUCUUAUUAAAAAAAAUCCUUUGGUGCUGCUUCUGUGCUGCCAUUACUCUGUUUUUUGGUGCUUCUUUUUCUUUUUCCAUCCAAUCUUAUUAAAAAAAUCCAUUCUUCUUCUUCUUCUUUUUCUUUUUCCUUUGGUUCUUUUCCUUUGGUGCUGCCAUUACUCUGUUUUUUGCCAUCCAAUCUUCUUUUUUGGUGCUUCUUUUGCUGCCAUUACUAUUAAAAAACAUGGCUGAUGAAAGUUCUAAAAAAGAUCCAGCAUGGAAAUAUGGUCGAUUGCAAAAUGACCAAGAUAUAAAUACGUUUGUUUGUGGAUUUUGUUCGAAAGUAACAAAAAGAGGGGUGUAUCGAUUGAAACAACACCUCGUUGGUGGUUAUAGAAAUGCCACAGCUUGUAGAAAAUGUCCAGAUCAUGUGAAGGAAGAAAUUAAAGAUUACAUGUCCAAGAAAAAGGAGAUCAAAGAACAAAGAAAUUUGAUUGUGGAUAUUGAUGUACAAGAUUACGAUAUCGAGAAUGAAGAUGAAGGGAGUAUUAGUGUAAAUAACAGAGCAACAUCAAGUGGCUCGAGCUUGAAGAAGCCAAGACAAAAGGGUCCAAUGGAUGCAUUUUUUAUACUCCCAAUCCAGAAACGGUGGUUCAAAAUAGAAAGAACGACAAAGGAAAAUAAACUUCGUUGAAUGCGGCGUACAAGAAGGAAAUGAGGGAGCACACCAUCCAAAGAAUUGCUCGAUGGUUUUAUGAUGCAGGAGUGCCUUUGAAUGCUUGCACAUAUGAUAGUUUUGCCCCUAUGAUUGAGUCAAUUGGGCAAUUUGGUCUUGGAUUGAAACCACCAACAUAUCAUGAGUUGAGAGUCCCAUGUUUGAAGAAAGAAUUAGAAGCAACAAAUGAGUUGAUGAGGAGCCUUAAAGCAGAGUGGGCUAAGGUUGGAUGCACUGUUAUGGCUGAUGGGUGGACCGAUAGAAGAAAUAGGACAUUGAUUAACUUUUUAGUUAAUAGUCCUAAGGGCACCAUGUUUAUUGAGUCCAUCGAUGCUUCAUCUUAUGUGAAGGAUGGAAAGAAGAUGUUCGAGCUACUUGACAAUUUUGUAGAGCGCAUUGGAGAAGCAAAUGUUGUACAAGUAGUUACUGAUAGUGCCUCAGCAAAUGUGAUGGCAGGGAGAUUGUUAGAAUCAAAGCAACCACAAUUAAUAUGGUCUCCAUGUGCUGCUCAUUGCUUAGAUUUGAUGUUGGAGGAUAUAUACAAGAUCUCCAAUAUUCGCAAAGCAUUGAAAAGAGGCAUGGAGAUUAGCAACUUCAUCUAUGUUCGUCCUGGAUUAUUAAACAUGAUGCGACGAUUUACUCACCAAAAGGAGUUAGUUAGACCAGCUAAGACUCGCUUUGCUACUGCUUGCAUUACAUUAUCGAGUAUACAUAUCAUCAAAAGAACAACUUAAGGAAGAUGUUUACUUCAGAUGAAUGGAAGGAUAGCAAAUGGAGCAAGGAGCAACAAGGAAGGCGAGUAGUUCAGACUAUUUUGUUGGCUAGUUUUUGGACUACAAUUGUGUUUACUCUUAAAGUAUCUGGCCCACUAGUUCGAGUUCUUAGAUUGGUUGAUGGUGAAAAGAAGCCACCUAUGGGAUAUAUUUAUGAGGCCAUGGAUAGAGCUAAAGAAGCUAUUGCUAAGUCGUUCAAUAAUAAUGAAGAAAAAUACAAGGACAUUUUCACCAUAAUUUAUAGAAGAUGGGAGCUUCAGUUGCAUCGUCCUCUGCAUGCAGCGGGGUAUUAUUUAAACCCGUCAUUCUAUUAUUCGAAUCCUAGCAUCCAAGAGGAUGAUGAAAUAGUUAACGGGCUCUACUCAUGCAUAACAAAAAUGGUUGCUUCAUUAGACGUCCAAGACAAAAUACUUGCAGAACUAAGCAAGUAUAAGAGAGCUGAAGCAUUGUUUGGACAACCUUUAGCAAUCAGACAAAGGGACAAAAUAUCUCCAGGUAAAUUUCAACUAAUCGGUUAGUCGAUUACUCAACAAUAAUUAUUUUAUUAAUAUAUAUUUUUUGCCUGUAGUGGAAUGG